AUGAGAGUUUCCGUGCAACGUAGCUUUGUAUUAAAGAGUCUAACUAACUGCUUCCUCUCUCUCGCAUGGAUAAUCUUCCUCCUCGUCGUCUCUCUCUCCUCUCCGUCGAUGAGUACGUCUCUCUCCUCUCCGUCGAUGAGUACGUCUCUCUCCUCUCUGUCGAUGAGUACGUCGCUCUCCUCUCCGUCGAUGAGUACGUCUCUCUCCUCUCCGUCGAUGAGUGAUGGUUCUAGCUCCGAUUUGUUUUCUAAUGGCACCGUCGUAUCCACUUCGCUUCGUGAUCGCACCUGCGCUGUAUCCGAGCCUCACCGUGUCCAUCACUUUUCCGAUAAGGCUAACAGUGGCCCUGCGGAUAUAGCCACGUGUGUCACCUGUCAGGAACAAGGCUACGCUAUGGAAGCAUUGAAGGAAUCUUUGGGAAUUCCAGAUGCAAUGGACUGGAAUGGUGAUCCCUGCCUUCCUACUGGCUGGGAAGGAGUAAAAUGCGUGCCUGACCCACAAGAGUCUUGCUUAGUCAUAGAUCAAAUUUACCUUGCGAACAAGGGAUUAGCAGGAUCUAUCAUCCAAAAUAUUACAUUACUCCAUAAUUUGACGUCUUUGAACUUAACGAAAAAUCUCCUUGUGGGGAUAGUACCUACGGAGGUGUAUUCAAUUAAACUGCGUAAUGGAACCUAUGAUGUUUCUGAAAACAUAGGACUAUGCGGUGUUGGCUUACCAGAUGUUCCUCAGUGCUCAUUAUUCACUGUGAUAGGCCAUGGAUUUACUGUACUUGUGGUGUUUCUAUCUGCGGAGCUCAUUUAUGGAGUACUCUUCAUGCCCCUGACAAAUGACGAAGAUGAUGAAUUUCACCAGAUGGCUUAUCUCCAAGGACAGUUUCGAAUCAAUCUUGCAGCCAUUUACACGCUGUUCCACAUCAUCAGGGUAAAUGCCAUGAAUUGGCUAAUCCCAAAACCAGACUUUGAUAUGAGAGUGGCGCAUUAUCUGUGGAGAUUGGAUAAAGUACAUCAACUGGAGAUGUGGGUGAUGUCCAUCUGUGCCAUUUGGGCAAUAAUUCUCAGGCUACAAAGACACAGCAGAGAGAGCCAUAUAUUAGCCAAGUUUGCCCUCUUAUCCCUAGCCUUAUCCUAUUCAACAGUUGCGAUGAUGAGAGUCUUUCGAGUCCCAUGGCUGGUCUUCGUGGAAGUAACCUGGGUUAUGCGGACCAUUGUGAUCAUGAGGUUCCUCAUUAAGGUACCAAUAAUUGUUGAUUUGAGGAUGUGGUUCUAUACUAUGGCAGUGCAGGUCCUUGUGAUCAUUCGAUCACUGGAGUGGGUCGAAGUGGUUGUCAUUGCCCUCGCACUGUGCAAGACAAUGGUCUUCUUGAACCUCAUCAUGGCUCUUUAG